CCUCCCCUCUCCGGCAAAACAAAAACAUCCUCCUCCGUUAGUCGUUAGUAGUCUGACGCCGGCCGACAAGUCCAGGCAGGUUAGAGGUUGGUUGGGAGAGUAAAAGUAGAAGUGUACGGUUUGUGGAUCGAGGUAAUCGAUAUCGCUGAUCGUGUGUUAUGUCGUGUGAAAUCUUAGUGGUGCACCUAUCCUAGCCGUUCAUUUUCAUUCAAGAUUCAUCUUCACGAUGUCUCUGGAAAACUCUCAGUACACCUUUCACAGUCUCCAGGAUGUGUCUAAAGAAGACUUUAAUAAAGAGGUUGAUAGAAUAACCAAGGAAGUUGAUCAGGCCAAGGAUGAUGGAUCAGCUCCUGGUGUUCCUGCUAAGCGAGGGAGGUACACUCAAGAAGCCAGCUCUCAAAGUCAACCAAGCCAGAUACGACCAGUCAGUGGAACUAUCCUUGAGGUGGUGCUGGAAGAUUUUCUGUGUCACGCUAAUAUGAAAGUUACUCUCAACAAAGAAAUCAACUUCAUUGUGGGAAGAAAUGGUAGUGGCAAAAGUGCCAUUCUGACAGCUUUAGUUGUUGCCCUAGGUGGUAGUGCUAGCACAACUGGCCGAGGAGCUGCUUUGAAGGAUUUUAUCAAGCAUGGGUGCAAUUCGGCCCGAGUCACUUGUGUUAUUAGCAACGCAGGGGCCAUGUCUUACAAGAAAGAGAUCUAUGGCGAAAAAAUCUCUGUUGUCAGAACACUGCAUGGAACUGGUGGAUCUGCUAUUAAAUUGAGGUCAGAGAGAGGAAAAUUAAUUUCGUCUAAAAUGGAGGAUUUACGAGCUAUGACACUUCAAUUAGGGAUUCAAGUUGAUAAUCCAAUCAGUGUUCUGGAUCAGAACACAGCACGACAUUUCCUAGCUCAAAGCAAGCCUGAAAAUAAAUUUGAAUUAUUCAUGCGGGCUACCAAUUUAGACACUCUUCAAAAAAUUUAUGUUGACAUCACUUUAUCUGUUGACAAAAUUAAGCAAGAAAUUGCCAAAAAGGAGCGUCAACUUGUUGAUAAUAAUCUAGAGGUGAAAGAGGCUGAGCGCAUGUACAAAUUAUUGGCUAAUCUUGAAAUAGAUAGAGACCGGACAAUUGACUUAAAAAUGGAAUUGCUGUGGGCAGAGGUACGAGACUACAUGAUUAACCUACAACGUGUACAGAAGGAUCUUGCUAAAGCUCAAAAAGAAAAACAACAUUUGGAGAAAGUGUUGUCAUCAGCUGAAAGUACUGAAACAGAACCUCUUCUUCAGGAAAUUGAGUCUUUGAAAACAGAAGUCAAAGCUUUUGAAGAUGAGAAGAAAGACUAUGAAAAUAACUUGAAAGAAUUGAAAAUUCAAUAUUCAGCACUGACCCAGAAACUUAGGAAAAUAGAACAAGAAAAAUGUCUCAAAGAAAGGAGAAUCAAGGAUGACAUGAAGACUAUCAAUGAAUAUAAAAGUGAGAUUCGGUCUCAAGAACAGAAAAUGUUACCAGAGCAUGUUGAGAUGAGGCGAAAGCAGAAGGAGGAGAUCCAUGAACUUCAAAAGCUAAAAGAACAGAAGACUGAAAUCCGUAAUGCUAAGGACCGUGAAGCACAAGAACUCCAACGUCAGCUAUCCGCUGCUAAGUCUGAGCUCUUUCCAUUACAACAAAAGAAAAGGCAGCAUGAAGAAACCAUAAGAUCUUUAUCAACAACCCUUCAAGGGCUACAGUCGAAUGAGUCCAACUUGUCCCUAUUUGGGCCUAACAUGCCGGAAUUGGUGAGACAGAUUGAACUAUGUAAUAAAUUUAAGAAGAGACCGGUGGGUCCCCUGGGGGCGUAUGUCAAGGUUAAAGACCCCAAAUGGGCUCUAGCUGUUGAAUGUGCUAUGAAGUCACGGCUGAGCACAUUUGUAGUGGAAAACAUUGAUGAUCAAAGACUUCUGCAGAGUUUAAUUAAAAAAACAAUGACAAGAGGUCAUCCACCAUCAGUAGUUCGUUGUGCAUUCACUACUUCGCCAUUUGAUACAUCAGGAACAGCUGCUCGGACUUCCGAGUACUGCAACGUUUUGGACAUUGUUGAGAUUACGAAUGUAGUUGCUAGGAAUAUGCUCGUGGACUCUUGCAGUCUUGAGAAAAUUAUGCUCAUUCCUUCUGACGACGAAUGCUAUAGAUUGUUGUCGAAUGUGCGUUCGGUGCCAAGGAAUUGUGGUAGAGCCUUCACUCUCAAUGCUGACACAUACAUGCCAGCACCACGUUAUGGAUCUUAUGCAUCCAACCAGCGAUCUGCCACAAUCUUACAACAAUCAUCACGUGCGGAAAUAAUCAGCCAAACACAACAACAAAUCGAAGAGCUGCGGGAAACACUGCAGGCUGUGCAGCAAAGUAUAGCUACUACCAGUAAUGACACUAUUAAUAUUAGCAAGCAGUUAGAAAUCUGUCGAAAUGCCCAGAAGAAACUCUCAGCUGAAAUUUUGUCGGCAACAGCCAAGUUGGAGAGAUUAAAAGAUAUUGAGCAACCCGACACCAACUCUGUGUCUGUGUUGCGAGAAGAACUUCAGUCAAGGGAACAAGAGUUGCUUCAACUCAAAAAUAGUCUUGAUGACAUCCCUGCCAAAGUAAAGUUUGUUGAAGCUGAAAAAGACGAACUGAAGCUGAAAGGUUCUGACGUACAGGCCAAGCUUAAGGAAGUAAAUGAUAGAAUUGAAAACCAUCAAAUAAAGCAGAAAACAUGCAGGGAUCAGUUAGAUGAGCUGCAGAGUGCUAAAGCUGGGAAGAAACGGAAAUUAGAGCAGGUUAGUAAGCAAGAGGACCAAUUGAUUGUCCGUUCUAAUGAGUUGGAAGAAAAGCAUACUAAAGCAAGAGAUGCUGCUGUAAAAUAUGAAGAUCACGUUCGUUCAGACUUAGAAGAUAGAAAGAAAGCAAAAGAAGAUAGAGAGAAAGCAAAAGAAGCUGCUGAUGCUGCUCCUAGUAAUUCCCAGAAAGUUGAAGAAAUUAGGCUGAAGGAAUUUCAGUCCCAAUCUAAUACCAAGAGGAAUGUGGAAGUAAUUGAUCGUGAGUUACGUACUCUUAAUAAAAAGCUAGCUAGUGCUGAAAGAGCGCUAGGGGAAAAUUCUGGUAGCAUAGAGGUGCAAUAUAAGGAGAAAUUGAUUGCAUACAAAACUACGGAGAAGUACAUUAUACAGUUAAAAGUUAAUGCAGAGUAUAUGAAGCUGGCUCUUGAACAACGGAAAGGUCUUUACCAUACCCAGAAAAAGCUAAUGAAUGGUGUAGUUUCCCAUCAAUUUACUCGGGUCUUAAGAUUCCGAAAUUGUACUGGGACUGUUCGUGUGAAUUUUGAAAGAAAGACAUUGGAUAUUUCUGUGGGGCCUGUUGAUGAAGGAGAAAGGGCAGGCCUAGGAACGUCAUCGCUCUCGGGUGGGGAGAGGUCCUAUGCAACUAUGGCUUUUGUCAUUGCACUUUGGAAUGUGACUGAAUUACCUUUCUAUUAUUUGGAUGAAUUUGAUGUUUUUAUGGAUAUGCUCAACCGGCAGACUGUACUCACACUACUAUUAAGGUUUGCCAAGCAGAAAGUUGGUUUCCAGUUCGGUUUUUUGACUCCACUUGACACAACUGCAAUUACUGGAUCAGACCGUGUUACUAUAUUUAGGCUCGCCGAUCCAAGAGGAAAUCCUCAAUAACAUUGCAAGCUCAACUGUGACAUAUAUUACGUUUCACACAUGAUAUAUAUAUAUUUAUAUGAUACAUUUAGUCACUUUCACUAUAUUUCAUAAUGUAAUGAAGAAAAUUGUAUUUCAUUCAUAUUUUUAUAAAUGAGUUUUGUUGCUAGUUC